GCUAUACUCACUCCCGCGAUCUUAUUCAGUGCCCAAGGCCACUCACGUGUCUCUCUUGGCACAAGAAUCCAUUGACACAGUAAUAGUCGUUCAAACUUUCGAAAUACACGCACAAGAAGGAAAGAAAGAAAGAUGGGGAGACGCCCAUGUUGUGCUAGGGAAGGCUUAAACAGAGGGGCUUGGACACCAUUGGAAGAUAAAAUGCUAAGAGACUAUGUCCAGUCCCACGGCGCAGGAAAAUGGACAAGUCUUGCCAAACGAGCAGGUCUCAAAAGAUGCGGGAAGAGUUGCAGACUUCGUUGGUUGAACUAUCUUAGACCUGACAUCAAGAGAGGAAACAUAACCGAUGAUGAAGAGGACCUCAUAAUCAGGCUACACAAGCUCCUUGGAAACAGGUGGUCUUUGAUAGCUGGAAGGCUUCCGGGACGAACAGACAAUGAGAUCAAGAACUAUUGGAACACCAACAUCGUCAAAAAAAUUCAAAUUCAAGACGGCCAACACUUAGCUAGCUCCUCCAGCACAAAACGCAAACCGUCAUCAACUAGGUCCAGAUCAGCAGUACUGCAAAAUUUAACGAGUGCUGACAAACCACCAAAUUCAGAAAAGCUUGGAUCCUUCUGUACUCCUGUGAUCCGAACCAAAGCUAGGAGGUGCACUAAAGUUUUCAUCAACGCACACUUGCAAGCUUCUGCAGGUGCAGAACAAGGUGGUAUUAUUAUGGCGGUGAAAGCUCAAGCUCCACCGCCCAGCAGUGAUGCCAAAAACAACUUCAACAAAACUCCUACUGGUCAUAACAACACCGUUGGUCCGGAGCCACCUUCAGGUGGGGUAAAGGAAUCACUACCAAUUUUUCCCGGAGAAGAAGGCUACUUAUCGGGCUUCAUGAUGGAUUUCGAAAUCGAGGAGAAGUUCCUUUUGGAUUUUCUCAACACGGAUUUCGGGGGAUUCGAACACGAAUUUAUCGAGAGAGUAGCAGAGGGUACCAACGGUGAGACCAAUGAUGAGGUUGGGACCGCGGGAGUGGCACAGGGUACCAACAUUGAGACCAAUGAUGAGGCUGAGGCCAACCAUUUUUCUCCCAACUCUUGUCCAAGAUGGCUUUCGCAUGAUGAUCGUAAUCAUGCAGAUCUUGGUUCCAUCACAACUCUUCUUGAUCCUGCAUUGGUCUGGCAUCAUGACAACUAAUAAAUCAUCUUGGUAGAAAGAUAGGAGAUUAUUUGGAAUAACACCUAUAACACUUUAUGUGAAUGAUUCAUAUGGGAAUUAAUAAAAAUUUAUAUUUAUGAUGCAA